AUGCCGCGGUCCACGCGAUCGAGCGGCGUAUGCACCGUCGCUUCGACGGCGAAGUCAAGUCGAUAUUUGCCCAAUCACUUCGGCGCGACGUUCAGUGGGGAGAGUGACAAAUAUCUCGCGAAACGUAUUCAAAUAUCUGAAAUUGUUGACAAAUUAAGUUCCCCAUCGUCCCUUACCACUCGAGAGAACGACUCUGAAAUUGUCCCUACGGCACGAACGGCGACGACCGCCGCGAGACGCGAGGCUCUUAUUCCCGCGCCACAAGGCUCAAUGUUGCGCGGCUCGCGUAACUCGGGCGUAUCGUACGAGUUGCGUCGAUCGCGAAGGGACGCAGCGGAGAUGCUCGUUUUACUAGUUACUCAAUUAGGCCCUUUGUAUUUAUUUAUCAGAGUUUGUGUAAGGCCAGACGAGGACGCGAACGCGAUGCGUGCGAGUUAG